AUGAUGACAUUUGUGUCAAUCUUGUUUGUUGCGAUUCUAUCAGUUGAUGCUGUAGAAUUUUAUUGUAACUUUAAAGAACACUAUCGAUGUGAAGUAUAUAGUGGGACAAUAAGCUCAAGAAAUGAUGCUUAUGUUAAUGGUGUUAAUGGAAGACAUCAAAAUUCACGAAGUAACCGUGAUGUGACUGGUUUUGAUGCUAGAAAAGUUAACUUAAAAUAUUUUCCAAGAAAUUUGAACUCUUAUCUUCCAAGUGUAACUGAAAUAUUCAUUGAACAAGGCUUACUUGAAAUUACCAAAGAAGAUCUACAGCAAUACCCGAAACUGCUGUGGCUGUACUUAAGCAACAAUGAAAUCAAAACUAUCGAAGAAAACACGUUCAUGUACAAUUCAGAUCUAAAACUUAUAUUUUUGGGUGGGAAUAAAAUCAACUACAUACGUCCAUCCAAAUGUGUUUGA